AGUGGUUACAUGUGGCUAAGUGCUAUAUUAUUACAGGUAUAUAUUCUCCUGGGGCAUGCAGUAAAGGCAAAUAAAUAAGUAUUAAAAGUAACCAAUCAAAGCGAUGCGGGUUUAAGACACUGUGCUGCGAUUGGUUGUUUUAUGUUGUUUUUCCUUGCCAGCUCUGCGUGCUUCUCGUCUGACAGAUCGUCGAACAUAACGUCGAACAAGGAAGGUGAGCGAAUGAAAUACGACAAUCUGUAACGAUUGUUUGCUAGUUUCUAUAGCGCUUUCCAAGACGAAUAUAAUUUUGUUCGUGAAAUCUGCUAAUGCAUCGACCUGUCGUACGUUCUGGUGAGAUCAAGCCAUUUCUUUGACAACGGCAGAUUCCAGCUAGAUGCUAGUAACACAUCCAUUAUCCUAUAUGCUCCGUGUUCUAUUAACAAAACCAUCGUUGGAAGUUUAAAAAGUUUAACAGUGCAUUUACAGCCACAGUGACAUUUUUUCUUUUUCAUUUUUAUAACGUUGACAGAUGUCAUCGAUGGAAAUCUAAUCAAGAGACUGUUGUUGUUUUUUGUCGAACGUGACACAUUACGUAAACAGCACGCGUAAUUUCCUGCACUAUCAACACAGCUGGGACAGAGGUAUCGCUGCGUGCAAAAACACCAGGAACAAUCAUCUUUCAAACCGUUUCAAACUCCUCAGAAUAACGUCGUGCUGACAACUUGAACAAUAGACUGCUGGUGCUAGUGCAUUGAAAAAGGAAAACACCCUGUUCGUCAACCUUGGGAGUUAACCAUGGCACCCAUCCGUCGUCCAGGAUAUCCUCUCAGAGGAUCUAUUAUCUGGGAUGAGACAGAAUGUCUAGCGUUUUACGGGAUGCUCUCUAUCCACGAGCUCUUCGAAGUUGUCGGUUCACAACUGACAGAGACGGACAUAGAAGUCCUGUCCUUCCUCCUGGAUGAAACCUACCCGGCAGAGCACCCCCUCCAGCCAGCGGCCUGGACUGUGGCACCGUGCGACGGGGACCCAGACAACCACGGUGUGCCGCCCAGUCCGGAGUUGCUGAAUGCCUGGAGGAGGUUCCGCCCCCGGGGGCCCCUCUGCCCCUCCGCCGCCCGCCACAAGCCCAAGAGCGGUCUGGAGCUUCUGCUAGAGCUGGAGAGGCGUGGCUACCUCAGCGAGAGGAACCUGGAGCCCCUGUUGCAGCUGUUGCGAGUCCUCACCCGACAUGACCUCUUACCGUUUGUGUCGAGCAAGAAACGGAGGACAGUGUCUCCUGAGCGUGUGAGCCUGGACUGUGGGUCAGUGGACGAAGCGCAGGCGUGUCCUCCUGGGCUGACAGAUACUCGUGAGCAGACAGAAUUACCUCAGGAACAUUCCUCACUACAGUGGAGGAGAGGUCUGUGCCCUGCAAGGCCGGCGCUAACCUCCAGACAGAAAAAGAGGAAGACGAGAGGCCACGGUUGGUCCGGCCGCCCGGCCGCCCAGAGGAGAACGGGCCUUCUCCCUCAGCUUCAGGCCCCUCCCCCACCAGCACCCGAGAAAGUCACCUGUGAAGUACGACUGCGGGUGCGGGCCGAGUACCUGGAGCACGAGUCGGCCCUGCGCAGCGGCGUCUCCUCCAACAAGCGGCAGCCGCUGGAGCGCCAGUUUGAGCUCUUCAGCCGGGCCAGCUCCCUGCUACGCACCCGCGACCUGGGCUCCAUCGUCUGCGACAUCAAGUUCACCGACCUGGAGAACCUGGAGGCCUUCUGGAGAGACUACCUGAGCGGGGCUCUCCUGGAAGCUCUCAAGGGAGUCUUCAUCACCGACUCCAUGAGGAUGGCAGCGGGGCAGGAGGGCGUGCGCCUGCUGAUAAGCGUGGACCAGGAUGACUACGAGGAGGGCCGCAAGGUGCUGCUCCAGGGGCAGAACGGCGCCUCCUGGUGGGGAGGGGAGAGGUCAUGAUCACGGAGACCGGGAGGGGAAGAAACCCAAAAGGAAUGAUUUCUCCCCCUUCCUGAGUCUCAGAGGUUACGCCCUCCCGCGCCUACUCUCUCUGGGGAAACCCUCCUCGAGAAGAUGUCCAAUUCGACAGAAAAAGGAGAAGACCAACUUGACUAGGACAGUUGAUGUCAGCGUUCACAGGGCACACCGUUGAGGAAAAAGAGACUGCCGUUAAGCGCACUCAAAACGAAGACCUGCCUAUAAGUCACUGAAGCCUGGAGACCAUUGAAACAGUCUGGCGCACUGUGUGAAUGCCAACGGGGCUCUGUGUGUCUUGCUAUUUUUUCCGUUUUAUAUAUGUGAGCUGCCCUGAAAGGUGAGAUUGAUCUGUAGGGUGAGAACUUAGUUUUCAUUGCAAUGCAUGAUUUACAAGGUUAGAGCUUGGGGAUACUAGUAGGGAGAAGGAGAAGGCAGAGACCGAGAGCUUGUUCUUUAGGUUUUGACCUCUGAGGGUCCAAGGAGAAUGGAAACCAGAUGGUGAGAUAGUGAACCCUAUGGACGCUCUGUGUGUAGCCUUGACACACACACACACACACACACACACACACACACACACACACACACACACACACACACACUGAUCUCAAACACUGGUAGUCCCAUCACUGCGGUGGUCAGUGGACAUGGCAGGUGCCACAAGAUGAUAGCAGUGAUUACCUCUGGGCCUUAGCCAACCAUUUUCAGAUUCAUCAGGGACAAGCUGUUUUACCAGCAACAGGGAUAACACAACCCUUCCUGCUAGGCCUCGGCUGAGAGUCCUCCUCCAAAGUAGGCAAAGCACACGACAGUGUGUCGUUCAAUAGAGGCGAUGUUGUGGGAGAUCAAAAUCAAAAGGGCACAUCCCAGGUCCACUCAGCCUUGUCCUGUAGACCCACUACGGUGGCUCACAGGCAGCUGUCUACUCACCCUGCUGGAACUAAUGCCUGGACUUCACUCAUAGACCACGAUCAAUAAGGCCUCCGUGCUCCAAGUCCCCUCAUGCAAGCGGGACUUACGGAAACCAACGACCACUGUGGCUUUUAGUCUGGAACUCAGGGGCUCUCCAGUCUAGAGUUAAAGACCUACAGAGGGGAACUUGGGACACGUUUUUUUGUGCGUGGUUUCUAUUUUUCUUCUAUUAUUCUUUUGGUAUAUAAAUUCCUAAGUAAGCUUUGUAAUGCAAUGUAGGCUGUGUAUGAAAAAAUAACAACAAAAAAAUCGAUGGGGGAAACCUUUGUUUAGUACUUAGUUGGAGAUUUUGUGUUGGCAUGGCAAGAAGGGAUGUUUCUUUUUGUGUGUAAUCUUAAUUUAAUAAAUUUGAAGAAAAUUAUUUCUAUUUCUGCUGAAAAUAAAAUCUAUGUCGAAAAGGUGA